AUGACUGCAUUUAAGACUCCUAUAGGGAUGUCACCAUAUCGAUUGGUUUUCGAGAAGGCAUGCCACUUACCUCUUGAGAUAGAACACCAUGCUUAUUGGGCAAUGAAGAAAUUGAAUUUGGACUUGAAGGUUGCGGGUGAAAAAUGUUUAUCACAACUUAAUGAGCUGGAUGAGCUCAGAAUGGAGGCCUAUGAAAAUUCAAGACUCUAUAAAGAAUUGGGGCAAAAAGUGUUACUGUACAACUCUAGGCUUAAGCUAUUUUCAGGAAAGCUACGAUCGAGAUGGUCUGGUCCCUACUAUUACACAG